AUGGAAUUCCUAGGCACCACCCAGACAGCCAGCUACUGUGGACCUAGGAAAAGCUGCCUGCUUCCAGAGGUGGCACCCACCAGCCUAAGCCAGGAUAGCUACCAGUCGUAUUACCUGCCAGGUUACCGCUACUUGAACUCAUGGAGGCCCAGCUUGUUCUACAAAGUCUCAUCCUUCCGACCCAAUGAAGACGGGGGCGGCCGCCUAAGUGCCCCAUUGCGGCCCCCCACUAUAUUGCCUUCCGUGAGAUCGGCUUUGUACGCCCGUUACAGCCCCCAGGACUGGUACAAAGCAAAUGCCACCCAGAUUAAAGGAUCGGAAGCGUAUCGGCACUGGGCCGGGAGGCUGAAUGCCGACUCCUCACGGCUGAUCCAAGAUAAGGACCAGCUAACGCGGCAACAGCAGGAGGACUCCGGGAAGAACAUUGGGCAGAGGCUAGCCGACAUAGAUUUCUGGAGGUCCGAGCUGACCUACGAGCUCGAGCGGCUGCUGACUGAAACCCGUGCACUCGAUACAGCCAAGCGGCGUCUGGAGUGCGCGGCAGAUGAAGCGCAGGGGCCGUUGCAGGUAGCCUUGGAAUGCUUAUACAACCGAGAGAAACGCAUGGGGAUUGACUUAGUCCAUGACGAUGUGGAAAGGAAUCUCAUACAGGAGGUUGAUUUGAUCAGAGCAUGCCAAGAUAAAAUGAGAAAGCUUGCAGAAAGAAUUGAACAACAACUGAACAUUAACAGAGAUGCCCAACAUGCCCUUGAGAGGGAUCUCGGUGAUAAAAACUCAGCCCAUUUCAUUGAUGAGAAAUGCUAUAACUUGAGGAACACUUCUGACAGUAUUAACUACUACCACGGAGUGGAAAAAAUUGAUGGAACUGUCUCAGUCCCGGAAACAUGGGCAAAGUUUAGUGACGACAACAUCCGGUAUUCUCAGAACGCCCGGGCCAACUCAGCCACCCUCUGCUCAGAAGCAGAUCACACGCUGGAAAUCACUUCUGACGAUAUGUGGAGACAGUGGACAAACACCAACCUGGCUUUUGACACUCGCAUCUCAGAAACAGCAGAUUCAAAGAACCAGCUGCAAGCACAGCUGGCCAAGACACUUCAAGAAAUCUUCCAGACAGAAAAUACAAUAAUGUUGCUGGAAAGAGCGAUAAUGGCCAAGGAAUGCCCACUCAAGUUGGCUCAGACCCGACUUGAAGCGAGAACGUGGCGACCCAAUAUGGAGUUAUGCCGUGACGUGCCACAGUUCAAGCUGGUGAAUGAAGUUUUCACCAUCGAUGACACCCUGCAGACUCUGAAGUUGCGCCUGCGAGAGGCCCAAGACACCCUCCAGUUGCUGAUCCUCAACAAGGCCAAGCUGGAGCAUGACCUGCUGGUGAAGGCCAACUCCCUCUUCAUCGACAAGGAGAAAUGCAUGGGCAUGCGCAAGACCUUUCCCAGCACCCCACGCCUGGUUGGCUACACCUGA